CACGAAAUGACGUCGGCGUUGUGACGUCAUAAGGAAUCGUGACAUUAAUGGCGGACUUGCAGGAGGCGCCAUAUCUAAACGCUCUGACUUUUCCAGGAGAAGCGAAUCUCAGGCUGACUGCUCGCGCACCUGACGUGCAGGAACGAUCGAGACGAAGAAGACAAAGUUGAGCACCCGAGUGAAGCCACACUUUCACACCGAUCAUGCUUUUUGAUUUUACCUGUUGUAAUGAAAGGUGGUGGAAAAGAGGUCAUUAACUUGUAAACUCUGUCUGACCUCUAGGUCACCACAGUAACCAUCGACAGGAGGAAACCGGGAUGAUGAUGAUUCCUUAUCGAAUCCGAGUUCCGUAUACAGACAUAAGAAGUGGAUUGAGAGACAGGAGGGCGGUUUCCUUACUGAGCAUAAAUGAGUUCUCGGCAGCAAUCCUCAUUAUUGCUUUAACAUGUUUCUUGUGUAUUCUGGUGCUUAAUAUGACUAAAACAUCAUCAACAACGGAGAAUGCUGAAAAAAUUCCAUUAGCUGAGGAACUGUCUGUCUACGAAAAACUAUUCCUCUUUGCGGAAGAAGAACAAUCCUCAAAAGAAGAACAAUCUUCAAUAGAAGAACGAUCCUCAACAGAAGAGCAAUCCUCAAUAGAAGAUGAAUUCUCAACAGAAGAACAAUCCUCGAAAGGAAAACAACCUUCUAAUCAACAACGAUCUACAAAAAAGGAACAAAUCUCGACAAAAAAGCAAUCCUCAAAGAAAGAACAAUCCUCAAAUGAACAGCGAUAUCCGAAAAAAGAACAAUCUUCAAUAGAAGAACAAUCCUCAACAGAAGAACACUUCCUCAAUAGAAAAAGAAUUCUCAACCGAAGAACAAUCCUCUAAAGGACAACAACCUUCUAAUGAACAAUCUACAAAAAAAGAACAAAUCUCGACAAAAAUGCAAUCCUCAAACAAAGAACAAUCCUCAAAUAAACAGCGAUCCACGAAAAAAGAAAAAUUCUCGAAAGAAAAGCAAUCCUCAAAAAAAGAACAAUUCUCGAAAGAAAAGCAAUCCUCAAAAAAAGAACAAUUCUCGAAAGAAAAGCAAUCCUCAAGAAAAGAACAAUCCUCGAAAGAAAAGCAAUCCUCAAAGAAAGAACAAUCCUCGAAAGAAAAGCAAUCCUCAAAGAAAGAACAAUCCUCGAAAGAAAAGCAAUCCUCAAAGAAAGAACAAUCCUCGAAAGAAAAGCAAUCCUCAAAAAAAGAACAACCCUCAACUGAGCAGCCAUUCACGGAAGAUCAAUCGUUGCCCCACCUGACACAGUUGCCACCCAGGUACGUUUCUCCUCAGCAGUGGGAGGAAUGCAAGUUUCGCAUCGACAGCUUGGAGUCCUGGCGGGAGGAAGUGUGUGGCAGCAGUUCCCCUGUCGACCUGAGACCGGACAUGUGCGACGACUGCUUCAACACAACGGUGCCCCUGCUGAUAGAUGCGCCGUCUGUGUGUGACGUAUCAAACUCCGACGAAAGACUCGAAGUCCUCUUCCUCAUUUCCUCCCUGCACGACCAUUUCGAUCAUCGCGCCAAGAUCCGCAACAACUGGGGAGAUGUCACCGCCAACAACACCGCUAACUUCCGGCUUGUGUUUCUGCUGGGAACAUCGCCCAACGCUGACGUCAUGAGCAAAGUCAAGAAAGAGGCAAGCGUGUUCGGUGAUAUGCUAGUUGGACACUUUAACGACCACUACUUCAACCUCACGUUCAAGACUAUGAUGGGCGUGAACUGGGCGGUGAAGUACUGCAGCCAUGCAAGUUUCUUUACGAAAAUGGAUGACGAUGUUUGGAUCAACAUCGACGCUCUCUUGGCAAUGUUGGACGAUUUUCGCGAUGAUCUACAGGAAGCCAUCGGCGGACAGUGUUUUCAGAGAGCUAGUGUUAAGCGUCAUGAGCAGUCAAAGUGGUAUGUUUCUAGACAGUAUUACCCCAAAAAGUUGUAUCCACCAUACUGUUACGGGUUCGCCUAUGUCGGGGGAAUGGCCGUCCUUGAGCAGGUGUUUGCAGUAUCCCGACAUGUCCCCUUCUUCUUCGUGGAUGACGUGUACGUGGGGAUGGCCCUCCAGCAGGUGGGGUUUGGUGUCAUCAAGAUUCCAGGCUUCACAGACCAAGGAUACAGCUGCUGGGAGAGAGACAUCGAUAACAUCGCCGUCCACAACGCUUCCGAGUGGCAGGUGGUUUCCCGCUGCACCAGACCCGCGUUCCUCGAAGCAUCUCGACCAUCCAAGCACACUAAAGACUCUACUCCUUCUCCUCAAAUUACAGUCAAGUCUAGCCCCUCCUCUCAGACUAAUCCUCCUCUAAAGAGCAUCCUCCCUCUAAAGAGAAUCCUCCUUCUCAGGUUAAUCCCGACUCUACGAUUAGACCCUUAUCUAAGUAUAAACCUAGUCUUACUACUGUAUCUAGCCCCUCUCGGGAAUCCAGCUCUCCUGAUAAAUAUACAUUUUCGAUUAGUAUUUCUAAUCCGUUUUGGUUUCUUAUUCUCUAUUUUGCACUUGCAGGUUUAAGAAGCACGAAUAUUUUUAGCUUCUGCCUGAAGAAACUUUGGUCUAAGCUGACAUAUCUUUUGUAACUAAGAACUUUACAAAUUACAUGAAUGAACACAAAUUGCAGUGACAAAAUUUUAACACUCCGGACUAAAGCAAUUAAAAUAAGUUUGAAUUCAUUACAUUGCUAGAACUAGAGCUAGACAAUUCAGCAGCCACUCUCGAGUACACUUUUUAGUGUUCUGACUAAAAAUUUCAUUAACAGAUGACUUUUGCUGAGUUAAGUAACAACUUUUAUUUUUAGCUUAGGUAAAAUGCAUAUAAUUUUACAAAGACUAUUUUUAAACCUAUGUCAAAAUACCCGAAAGCAUUUUAUAAAACUAUUUUUCUUCGUGUCUACAUUGACUGCGGCUUAUGUCUACAUAAAGACUGAUUUCAAAAUAAAGUUUUCACGAGAA